AUGGCGAAGAUCAGAACGGAUGCUCCGGUGAUGCCUCCGGAGACUCCUCCUCGGAGCAGUGAGGUGGGAGAGAUUGACACACGUCCUCCCUUCCAAUCCGUUAGAGACGCCGUUAGUUUAUUCCGUCAAGUUAGCUUCUCUAAGAAACAACAACAACCACCGCGUCUCUCCUCCUCCUCCUCCCCCUCUCAGGAUACAACGGAUGUGUCGGAGAAGGAGACACAACUUCUGUUGGCGGAACAAGAAAUGGAUAGAGUCAAGCUUUGUCUUGAUGGCUCUGUCGCAGCUAAAGCACGAGCACUCUCCGAUCUCGACUCUGCUCAACGAAAGGCCGCUGAUUUAAGAGUUAAAAUAGAAUCCACCAAACAUUCCAGGAAAUGUGCCAUCUAUACAAAACACACCAUGUAUCAACGGUUAGAACAGCUUGAAUCUGAAAAACAAGAAACAGAGCGAGCAAGAGAGGAUUACAUUUUGACUACCGCAGAGCUAUUCAUGGCGAAACACGAGCUCGCGGAAUUAAAAAAGCAGUUCAACAUCUCCGUGGAAGAAAGGCUAGCUGAGCUUCAAAGGGCAGAGGAAGCAGAGUGUGCGUCCAUGGUUAACUCCAACAAGAUCAAAGACAUGUCACAUGAGGUAGCUGAAAUGCGUGAUGCUGCUGAGCGACUGAAGUCUGAUGCUGCCAGGAAAAAAGAGGAAGGGGAGAAGAUAGAGGAAGAGAGCAUUGCCGCGAGAGAAACUUACGCGGCUAUGAGACGAGAGGCUGAGCAAAGGCUAGAGGAACUGAAGCGAGGUUGUGACCCUGAGCUAAGGCAAGAUAUCGAGGAGUUAGCGGAGAUAACUUCGGAAAACGAGAAGUUGCAGGAGGAGCUUGAACUAGCUCGUGAACUCAAAGAGGCCAAGAGUGCGAUGCAAGAAAUAUGUGAUGAAGAAAGUUCAUACAAAAGCUUGGUGGGCUCACUCACGGUUGAAUUAGAUGGAGUGCAGAGAGAAAACAGAGAACUGAAGGAAAAAGAAAAGGAGAGGCAAGAAGUUGAAGAAGGGGAAUGGUUAAAAGCUAGUCGUAAAGUUGACGAAAUCAUGCGUGAAGCAGAGAUAACAAGAAACGAAGCAGAAGAGAUGAGGAUGCACGUGGAUGAACUCAGAAGAGAAGCAGCAGCCACACAUACGGUAAUGGGUGAAGCAGUGAAACAGCUCGAGAUAGUUGGAAGAGCGGUGGAGAAAGCGAAAACCGCAGAGAAAAGAGCUGUGGAAGACAUGAAAGUUCUUACAGAGAAGAAAGAGAGUCUAACACAUGAUGAGCCUGAUAAGAAGAUUAGAAUAUCACUAAAAGAGUACGAGGAUUUGAAAGGAAAGCAUGAAGAGUCAGAGAGAAUGGUUCAGUUUAAAGCUAAAACAGUUGCUGCUCAACUGGAAGAGAUCAGUGUGAGCAGAAUAGAAGGUGAGAGAAUGUUGGAGGAGAAGAUGAAAGAGAUGGAAGAGUUAAAACUGGCGAUUGAUGGUGCCUUGAGAAAAGCAGAGAUUGCAGAGGAAGCACAUAGCAUUGUUGAUGCUGAACUAAGAAAAUGGAAACCACAAGACUUGUAG